AUGUCGCAGGGACCAAAUAAAAAGCCAAACCAGAUUGCAAGUGAUGGAUCGGGUAGGUCGAGAAUUACACACAAAGAAGAGCUGCCCAGAGAGCAUGCUGAUAACAGGGGAAAUAGCAAAGAUGGGACCAAGGGCUCAGGGGUUGGAUACAGUCUGUCAAGAUUUAGGCAGAUGUUAAAAAAUGUUGAUGCCAAAUAUUCACAUUUACCACAUUUGAAUACUGCAUUGGAGUAUCCGGAAAAUGACGUGGAACUUACAAAGAGUAACAGUGUAUUUUUCAAUAGAAGCAGAACAUCAUCUCUUGCCUCCAGUAUCUCAAAGAUUGAAAGAUCGAUUCCGAGUGCUCACCCCAGGAUGGAGGAAAAAAGGCUUGAGCGAGGAUUUGAACCUCAGCGUAAGGCAAUACACCCACAAUCAAUUCUUUCAUCUAGGGCAUCAGGAGCAACCGCUAAACAAGCAUUACCUAGGCAUUUAAGCAGCAUUUCAUUCCGGGUUCCAGAUUCAAGACCAAGAGGUUCUAUAUCGGCACAUCCAUCACAGGCAAAUCUAACUGCGGCAGAGCAAGCAUUGAUCUCUUCUGCUCCGGCAGCAGACUCCUCUAAUACGAUCAGGUUUGCUGGCGUUACUGAACACACGAGAAAAGAGGAUCGAGGCAAUCCACACACUGCUACUGUGGCCAGCAUUCUGCACAGGCCGGAUUCCCCGAUUUCAUUCGAGGUUCCCGAGAGGCGCCACCCCCUCCAACACUUUACAUUUCCUACUGAUGAUCUCGUUUCAUCUAAAAAGACACGGGAAAGCCAGGGGCCAAACUUGUCAGAAUUGACAUCCAGACUUUCCAAAGCGAGAAUAGACACAGAUAAAAUCAUAGCAAGCACCCCAGGGACACAGAAGAAAGUUGGGAAGAAGCUGAUAAUAUCGUCUGAUAACGGUCCGAUCAUUCCAUUUACCAAAUACUUAAGCAAGGAGGACGACAACAAGAUUCAUAUUUUAAUUGGAGCCACCGGCUCCGUCGCUAGCAUCAAGAUUCCUCUAAUAAUAGAGAAGCUAUUCAAAGUCUACACGCAUGAAAAGGUCUCGAUACAGUUGGUGGUAACGGAGGCCGCUGAGCAUUUCUUGAAAGGGAUGAGAGUAUCUUCAGAUGUGAAAAUAUGGAGGGACAGAGAAGAGUGGUCUAAUCCUACAACCAGACCUGGUGAGCCUGUAUUGCAUGUUGAACUGCGAAAGUGGGCUGACAUCUUUUUAAUUGCUCCAAUGAGUGCAAACACGCUUGCGAAAGUUGCCAAUGGUAUCGCCGAUAAUAUGCUUACAUCUAUAGUCAGUAUUUGGAAUCCGCUAAUUCCAAUAUUGAUUGCUCCAGCCAUGAACACUUUGAUGUAUACUCAUCCGCUAACUCGCAAGCAUUUGGCUGUUAUCAAGGAAGGAUUCAAGUUUAUUGAAGUUCUCCGACCAGUCGAGAAGGUGUUGGUUUGUGGAGAUAUUGGUAUGGGAGGAAUGCGGGAAUGGAGUGAGAUCGUGGAUAUCGUGGUAAAGCGUGUGAAGAAGAUACAGAAGAUCGAGAAGAAGAAGCUAGAGGAGCAUGAAGGGGAAGGUGACAAAACAGAGAAAGGUGAGAAGGCCGAAAAUAAUCAAAGUGUGAAGGGAAAGAAAUUGGAUGGAGAAGGUGAGGAAGAUGAAGAUGAGGAUGAAGAUGAAGAUGAGGAUGAAGAUGAGGAUGAAGAUGAAGAUGARGAUGAAGAUGAAGAUGAGGAUGAAGAUGAGGAUGAAGAUGAAGAUGAAGAUGAAGAUGAAGAUGAGGAUGAAGAUGAGGAUGAGGAUGAGGAUGAGGAUGAAGAUGAAGAUGAUAGCGAUAGUGGUGAUGGGGAGGAUGAAGAAGAAGAAGAAGAAGAUGUUGAUAGUGAUGAUGAGGAGGAUGAUAGCGAUGGUGAUGACGGGGAGGAUGAAGAAAAUAAAGAAAAUACAGACCAAGAUAAUCGUGAUCAGGCUAUUGCCUCUGAAUUAAAGAAAGAUAACAAUUUACUGGACAACCCGAAUGAGAACAGCAAUAAUGAAUCAGAGGAUGAUAAUGAAGACAACUAUGAAGAUGCGACUGCAAACGAAAGCGGAGAAAAUGAAGAUAACGGGGAAAAAGACUUGGAUGACGUGAUAUCGCCAUCAACAAACCCUUAUAUAUUGAAAAUGUACGGCAAGAAGAAGUCUCAGAAAGAAGUCGAUAAGGGUUUCGAAAGUCUUGAUGACUUGUCGAUGAACAAAUCCAACAGUGAAAAUUGA